GAAUGGCACGAUGAAUAUAUUAGUUUUUACACUAGGGCAGGCUCAGUUAUCGCCGAAGACGUAUUAAUUUCUUGUUACGACGAUUGCCCUCCUUCACAGUCGCUCAUGGACCUUGUUUUUUUACCAGUACGCUGGUGGACCCUUUUCAAACCAAGCACGCAUCGC